AUGGCAUCAUCCACCAAGUAAGUUAAUCGUCAAAAAUCGAAAAAUAACAAUCCUGGGGGAAUCUGACUUCAGAUUUGAAUUUUUCUGGUUUACCAGGCUAGGGUUUUUUAUUUGAGAUAAUGAAGUUUCAGAAAUACGUUCUCAACUGCCUCUAAUGUGUUGAAUUUGGGUAGUAUAGUGAAGGCAAAUGAAGUUAGUUGUUUUCAAUAAGAAUUUUAUAUUUAAAAUAACCUUAUUCAGAUCAAAUCUCAAAUUUUAUCCAUAUUGAGAAUGCAUGGAAUUUUUGAGAAUGUACAAAUUUUCGAGAAAGACAUCUCGAAAAACAAGUCACCAAACCAGCGUGUUAGUAGCAUUAUUUAUGAAAAACUUGCAAUGUAUGUUUUAUUUUAUUGGGAAUAAUAGAGAUAACAAUAACAAUAAUUUCAACGAUCAUUUUUAGAUGGAAGCAAUUUUUGGAUGUGACUGAUUGGAACUACAUUGUUGAAAAACUUGCAAUUCUAUGUAAGGUUCAAUCAAUCAAUAUUAAAUUGCAAUUGGACAUAUACGAAAAACAGAAAAACAAAGGAGAAAUCGAAGAACCCGCAGAAAAAAAAGAUUGA